GAAAAGUGUUACCGGAAGAGGAAAAAGUGUUGUCUGGUCAAAAAAGGUCAGCUGGGAAACAGAAACGUGAACAAUGAAAAACCAGAAUUGAGUGGAGGAGAAAGAGCUGAUAUGCAAAAUGGUGAAUGGAUGUGCUAAACGAGGUGGUUGUCCUAGCGAUUACGUCGCCGUUUCAAUAGCAGUCAUCUGCUUCUUCGUGCUGCUGUCUCGAUCGUUCUUACCAUGUUUGAUACACAAGGCUCCUCGUAAUAACAGUAGCAGUUUCUGGAUCCCUGUCAUUCAAGUCUUCUCCAGCUUCAACCUUCUCUUCGCUACUGUGAUGUCCAUUAAUCUGCUUCAGUUCAAGACGAAACACUGGUGGCAAUAUUGCUACCUUUGGUCAGUGUGGGUCCAAGGACCACUUGGGUUCGGUUUACUGAUGAGCUGCCGUAUAACUCAGGCCUUUCAACUAUACUUCAUAUUUGUCAAGAAACGUCUACCUCCUGUUAAAUCAUACAUAUUUCUUCCACUUGUUUUAUUACCAUGGAUCUUUGGAUCUGCAAUUAUCCAGGCAAAAAGGCCUCUGGACUCUCAAUGCCACAUGGGUCUUGAAUGGACUUUACCAGUUACAGGCCUACAUGCUCUUUACGUCCUUGCUUUGCUUGCUUUAACAAGAGCUAUACGUCACGUGGAGUUUCGUUUUGAUGAGCUUAAGGAUCUCUGGAAAGGGAUUCUCGUCUCAGCUACUUCAGUCGCUUUAUGGGUAACAUCAUUUGUGUUGAAUGAGAUUCAUACAGACACCUCUUGGCUUCAAGUGGCUUCAAGAUUUGUGCUCUUAGUCACGGGUGGUAUUCUUGUCAUUGUCUUCUUUUCCAUGUCGAGUCACCAACCUCUUCUCUCACAAAUCAGCUUUAAGAAGAGAGAACACUUCGAGUUUCCAAGAAUGGGUCUAGCUCUAGGCAUUCCUGAUAGUGGACUACUGUUUCGUAAGGAGGAGUUUCGACCCGUUGAUCCAAACGAGCCACUUGAUAAGCUUCUUCUCAAUAAAAGGUUUCGCAAGUCGUUUAUGGAGUUCGCUGAUAGCUGCUAUGCUGGAGAAACAUUGCAUUUCUAUGAAGAAGUAUAUGAACAUGGCAAAAUCCCGGAAGGUGAUUCUAUAAGAAGAAUCUACAUGGCUAGACAUAUCAUGGAGAAGUUCAUCGUCGCAGGAGCGGAAAUGGAAGUGAACGUAUCACAUAAAACCAGGCAAGAGAUCUUAACCACUCAAGAUCUAACUCACACUGAUCUCUUCAAGAAUGCGUUAAACGAAGUGAUGCAUUUGAUCAAGAUGAACUUAGUGAGAGAUUACUGGUCAUCCAUCUUCUUCAUCAAGUUCAAGGAAGAAGAGACAAUGGAUAAGGAAGGAUGGAGUUUCUCUCCUCCAAGGAUGAGUUCAUCAGUUCAAGGCUCUGAUGAUCCUUUCUAUCAAGAACAUAUGUCAAAGAGUUCCACCACUUCUAGAUGCAGCAGUCCUGGUCAAAGACUAUAAACCGGUACUAAUCCAUAACCUAAACCGUGUUUUUUCUUAACAUACAGUAUCUUGAUGUUUAUAUAGCAAUACAGUCCAUAUAAUCAAUCUCUUAACGUUUCUUGUACAUGUCUUUUUCUAUAAUGCUCUGUUCUGUUUUGAUUAUUAUUAUCUUCACUUGUAAUUUUCAUAUUAGAAUAUUAUUUUAUAGAUGUAGCCACAA